GGAAAAUUGGAAUCUGGUCACUCAACACUACCUCCCCCUCCCUCCCAAAAAAGGGGGUGUAUAAGUAGGCAGUCUCUUAAAGUACCUUAUCUAACACCACAGCGAGGGGAAAGCGGGUAACAGCUGUUAACUGCGAGUCGGCUUCGGGUGCGAAUUGCUCACCUGUGGAUUUGGGAAUUUUCUUCGCUGUUAAAGGAUAUACCUAUGGAAAUGGACAGAGAAAAGAGCAAUCGCGUGGCCGGGAUAAAUCUCUUUAGACUUUGUUUAGGACUGCUUGUAUUCUGUACGGCUACCAGAGCUGUUCCAGACUGUCCACUUGAGAUCAGCCCUCAGAGAGCUGUGGUGAGGUAUGGGGACCCAGUGACAGUGAACUGCACUACAACACAGACACCCAGAGGAAUGGGCUGGGAGGCUCCAGUUGGAGCUACAGGCAUGAAAACAGAUGUCCAGUCUGUCACCUGGAGUGUCAGCAGUCUGACUGAUUGGACUGCAGAGCCUAAGUGCUACGGAAACUUCCUUACUGAGCCCAAGCAGUGCAGGAAGAAUCUCAACAUCAGUCUGUACAAGUACCCAGACAGUGUCUCUCUCAGCUCUGACAGCCCAGUGGUCCAGAUGGUGGAGGGGAGACAGUACCACCUGCAGUGUGAGGUCCAGAACAUCGCUCCCGUUCAGUACCUCACUGUGAACUGGUACAGAGGACAGACACUGAUUCACAGUCAGGACUUUUUUACCAACACUACAAGAACACCUGUGAAUGUGUCUGCGACCCUCCUGUUCACCCCUGACAGAGCUCACAGUGGACAGCAGCUCACCUGUGAGGCAGAGCUCAACCUGGGACCAGAAGGACCAAAGCCCCCUCCUGCAAAUCAGUCUGAUCCUCUCAAAAUCACAGUGCUGUAUGGCCCUGAGAUCACAGGGUGUCCUCUCAGUGUUGAUGUGAAGGAACAUCACAGUCUGCAGAGCAGUGUUAACUGUACAGCUGAGGGCAGCCCUCCCCCUGAGACCAGAUGGGUCAAGGACGGACAGCAGAUUGACCCCUCUGUCAAGCUGACCAGGACUGAUGAAGGACAGUUCACCUAUGAAGCUACUAACACACAGGGAACUGUGAAUCACGCUGUGACGGUAGAAGUGAGAUAUGGCCCUGAGAUCACAGGGUGUCCUCUCAGUGUUGAUGUGGAGGAGCAUCACAGUCUGGAGAGCAGUGUGAACUGUACAGCUGAGGGCAGCCCUCCCCCCGAGACCGGAUGGGUCAAGGGUGGACAGCAGAUUGACCCCUCUGUCAAGCUGACCAGGACUGAUGAAGGACAGUUCACCUAUGAAGCUACUAACACACAGGGAACUGUCAGCCACACUGUGAAUGUUACAGUGCUGUACAAGCCCAUUAUAAGGCCUUGGCAGACAAGUGUUGAUGGGGAAAAGGGCUCUACAAUCGUCUUCACGUGUGCAGCCGAGGGGAACCCUCCUCCCUGGUACAGAUGGGAGUAUUACGAUGCCGGUAACGUCAAAGAGCUCACGACCAGCACAGCCUCCAAUAUCACCAUCACCGGAGCCACCGCGUUCAACAUCGGGGAGUACAGCUGUACGGCCACAAACAAGCUUGGGAUGGACACCAAAAUCCUGAAAGUGCGAGUUAUAGGAGCUGUCCCAGAGUGUCCACUUGAGAUCAGCCCUCAGAGAGCUGUGGUGAGAUAUGGGGACCCAGUGACAGCGAACUGCACUGCAACACAGACACCCAGAGGAAUGGGCUGGGAGGCAACAGUUGGGUCUACAGGCAUGAAAACAGGUGCCCAGUCUGUCACCUGGAGUGUCAGCAGUCUGACUGAUUGGACUGCAGAGCCUAAGUGCUACGGAAACUUCCUUACUGAGCCCAAGCAGUGCAGGAAGAAUCUCAACAUCAGUCUGUACAGUGAGUGACUUUCAUUUCACUUCCACGUGUUAGCUGUUUUACUUAGCGGCCAUUCUUAAGUCAUUCAGUGGAAGCAUGUUUAUCCAAUUCUGUUGAAUUUGUUUCUCUCUGGAGUUUGUCUUUCCUGCUACAGUUCUAUCUUGAUGAACCAGUGAGUGCUGAAUGUUUAGUAAACUAAACUCUUUACAGGAGAGUUUGCUCCUGUAGCCCAGUUAAAGCUGUCAGUAACUGAGCAGAUACAGCAGGAGAGUCAAUAAAACACACACUUCAGGGUGAAAGAUAGGUGGGAAAUUGAAGUGAUAUUUCCUCCUCCAGUGUAGAUUUAAAUUCAUAUGGGACUUUUACUGAAACACUUUUUGACUCGCUAUGCAGUAUGAAAUUGGACUGAAUGGAGAGCAGGCUUGGAUAUGUCAACUUUGUUUGCACGCUCGCCUGUUCUGAGGUGUAGACGAGUGUCUUCUGAUAACCCUUGAAGUGCCCAGUCUUUUCACUGCAGCACUUGUUGGCCUGCAGUGAGCUAAAUGUU